AGUCAUUAAAAGAGGAGUUGUUUUGCAUUUGUCUGCAAAACAAACACUGGUUUUGAGUGGAAAUGCGUUUCGCGUUAAUUUUGUGCGUCUUUUGCGGGCUUUUCGGGCAACUGUUGGGCAAAGACUGGGAAUCGGAGGAAAAGCUCCGCGAAUACAGAGAUCUAAUGACAAAUGCCUUUCAAUGCGUUAACGAAGAGUUUUUGGAUCCGAAGAAAGUUAUGAAAGAAUUAUUCGUGAGUUUUGUCGACAAAAAAACGCAGAAUUAA